GAUGCUGUCCGAGGGGAAGGAGUUUUGGUCGGAGCGGGUCGGAGACCUCGACGACGCGCUCGAAUCGCAGCAGGACCAGCUCGCGCGGAUGGAGCGGGCGCUGCGCGAGAAGUCAGACGAGGUGGAGCGGCUCGAGGCUCUGGCGGAGGCGUCGCGGACGUCGUCCAAGAAUGAGCUGUCGGCAGCGGAGCUCGCAAAGCGCGAGCUGGAGACGCAGCUGCGGAGCGCCGCCCUCGAGGCGAGCUGCGCCGGGGAGCGAGCGCGCGAGCUCGAGGUGCAGCGUGACGCGGCUGUGCUGCGCGCCGAGGCGGCGGAGGAGGCGCUUGUCGAGGCGACCCUGCCGAAGCGCGUCCGUGUCAAGCGAGCCCUCGCCAACCUCGCCGGGUCCCUGCGGCGGGCACCUCGCGGACUCGCGCGCAACGCGGCGACGCCUCGGAGCUGAGCUAGCCGGGGCCUCCUCUUUUGCUUCUCCAUCUGCCUUCCCAGCCCGCCUUCCAUCUGCCUUCCCAUCUGUAUCACGGCUACCCGCUCGCAGGCCACCUCUGUGUAUCCGCGAAGAGGCCCUCGGCUGCGCCUUGUGUGCCUGCGCCCUCGCUCGCGCUCGCGGCUUCCUCUGCGUGCUGGAGCCAUCUGUAGACUCUCGGCGCUGCUGGGGCGUCUUUCUCUUAUGUCGUCGCGCAUGACUCUCGUAGAAUGUGGUCGUGAUAUUUGUUGGCCUCCCGCAUGUGUGCGUGUUGCUCUCUCGCCCUCGCUCGCCCUCCAUGUCCAUCACACACACAAAUGUGUGUGGGGUGGUCUCUUGUGCCGGGGGAGACCGGUGUGCGCGUUGCCGCGCCUCUCUCUCCGGCGUCGCGGU